CCUCUCUCUUGUUUCAAAAAUGUUCGCUCGCCUCUUCCCUGUUGCCUCCCUCGUCGCCUUCGCUGUUGCCAACGAUGGCCAGUGCAACACCGGCAACAUUCAGUGCUGUAAGAGUUCUGAUUCUAUCAGCAGCUACAACGCUAUCGCUGAGAUUCUGGGACUUGUCCCCAUUGUUUCUGAUAUUUCUGGCCUCGUUGGCCUCAACUGUAGCCCCCUCUCCAUUAUCGGCCUCGGCUCUGGCUGUGAGGCUAACCAGGAGCCCUUGUGCUGCAGCGAUAACAAAUAUAACGGUCUUAUUAACAUUGGCUGCUCUCCUAUUAACCUCGGCCUCUAAAUGGCCAGUAUACCUUGGUUGGACAGGCGAUUGAUGUGGGGUUGGAAAGUCGCUCAUUUGAUAUUGAUACCCCUCGUCGUGGAGGAUCGUAGUACUUCAUCCUAAUCACACGGUCUCUGUUUGCUUUUCUUGUGCGCUCAUGUCUAUUGCAAGUCCUGCACUCGUAUCGUUGCUUGGCU